CUCCGGCAGAAGCGGUGCACGGAGAAGAGAGGAAGGGAAAACAUUAAAAGAGGGGAAAAGAAGUAAUAGGGGAAAAAAAAAAAAAAAAAAGAGGAAAAGCCCAAAUCUAAAUCCUCCAGCUCUCUGCGCAGCCCGCGGCCAUGCCCAGCCAUCCUGCCGGUGCUGCGCUGCUGGCGCUCGCCCUCUGCAUCCUUCUGGAAGACGGUAUGGGGCAGCCUCCCCUGCAGUCCCACCUCGGCGCGGCCGAGCAUCUGAGGACCAAGCGGUGCUCCUGCAACAGCUGGCUGGAUAAGGAGUGCAUCUACUUCUGUCACCUGGAUAUCAUCUGGGUCAACACACCUGGGCACACCGCUCCCUAUGGCCUGGGCAGCCCGCCACGGCGGCGCAAGAGAUCACCCCGCAGGUGCGAGUGCUCACGCUCCGGAGACAGCACCUGCACCAGCUUCUGCCAGGAGGAGCCCAGGUACCUCCAGAGCCUGAGGCUCCCAACGAGCUCUGGAGCAUCCACGAAGGCUCUGCAGAGUGGUGAUGUGAAGCCUUCCCAGCACAGCCUGCUGAGAGCCCUCAGGGACCUUGCUGCCUCCCGCCUGCGGCUCAGCAAGCAGCAGCACCGUGCUCAGCGGAGUGCUCCGCCAGCAGUUUUGCCUUGGAAGAAAAACAUUUGGAAGAAGAAGAGAUAAGGAGCAGGUGCAAACCAAGUUCACCAGAAGAAUCUGGAGUUCCGUGGGUGCCGCUAACUCCGCUGUCGGUAGUUAGAGCUGAAGGAAAGGCCAUGAGUGGAGGGGGGAAGAAGUGGAAGUCUCCAUGCUCCCAUUGCGUGAACGAGUACUGCAUGCACUCCAGAGACUGUUAUAAAGGGAAAUCAGUGUCUCUCUGUGCAGUCCUAGAUGUGUCGUGGAGCUGAAUUGUGCCUUUUUGGAUCAGGCAAGGGUCUUGCUGGUAGAACACUUGCUUCACUCUGCACUGGAGCCCAAGGCAGACACUCACCCGCUGCGGGUGGUUGAAUCACCAACAAAACCCAAACAGCCACGUGCCUUCCAGACAUGGCAGCAUCGAGUGCCCGCAUCUCUGGCCUGCUCUGCUCUGCCCUGGGGCCUUGUCUGAGCGUGGUUCCACUCGGCCCCCUCAGACAUGGUCUGGCUGCUGUAGAUGGGGAUAAGCUGCCUCUGGGCCCAGCGUUGCACUUUUUUCUCUCAUCAGAUAGUGCGAUGUGCAUAUGAAUGAGCCUCCUGUGGUCAAACAGCUCCCAGUAUAUACAUAUAUAUAUAUAUAUAUAUAUAUAUAUAUGUAAAAGUAUACCAUCUUGAAGCCUGAGAGCCACCUGAAUGGUCAGUGGCAUUCUUUGGCUGCGAAAAUCACUGGAGGGCCGUGUGGGUCUUGUUUAGGUGAAUGAUAGCUCUCCUCAAACCCAAGCGUCGCCCCUGCCACCACGCAGAGCAGAGCAGGGUGGGAUGCUCACGUGCAGCUGUAUUUCUGCAGCAGCUUCUGGCCCUGCCAGGCUGCAGCCCCAUGCAUGGAGCCCCAUGGAGCCUGGGGAGGGUCCGAGCAGAGCCAAGCUGCUGGUCUGGAUGGGGUCAGUGCUGGGAACUUGUUCCCUGGGACAUGCUCCUAGAGCUGGGUUCCCCAGCUCUUCACGCCAUACCCCAGCUUGCUCUCAGCUUUGCCUUAAAGGAAGAGUUAGGGGCAGAGAAGAUGGGUGGUGGGAGAGUGACACACAAAGGCUUGCUUGCUGCUUCACUUAGAUCAGAUUUCUGAGUUGGAUCCUAUAUAAUAAAUAAGCAGUGUGUGAAUAGCACAUCACUAGAAGUGUAACCAGAAUAGAGAAUGCGUUAGGCAAGGGGCAGCCAGGGAUUGAAGUGCAGGAAAGGAUCAGUAGGAAGAGAGCACAGCUCUGUCUGCACAGCUUUAGGAGAAAGGGUUGGACUUAAACCCACACAAAUCGUGGAUGCUUCCCCAGGGGCAGCACAGUGCUGCUGGCUUGGAGGAGGGAAGGAAUAAUUUGGGGAAAAGCACAGAGCUCAGGAGCUGGAAACUCGUAUUGUAGGCAGUCUCAAGGCUCUGGAGCUGUAUUGCAAAUGCACUUUUUGCUUGCCUGGGAAGAUUUGACUUCUGUUAUUCAUUGUGGCUGUGGCUGUUGUCUGGUUAGUGCAGAUAAAUAAUUGCUGUCACGGAACCGCUGUCGGGUCCCCUUUGCUGCCCAGUCCAGUAUUACACAUGAGCAUUGAAGAAGAUUGGUGGUGGACCAAAACCCGUGGUUGUCGCAAGCGUAGUCCUGUCGGAUGUACCAAAUACUUCCUUGAUUUUGCUUUAAGCCUUAGAGAGCAGAGCAAGAUGAGACCGAUUGAUUGUACUGUAACUGAAACAACUGACCGAUCAUUUUGGUCCCCAAAGCUGCAGAGAAACUUUUUUUCUAUUUGACCUUCUGAAGGUUUGAGUCAUUUGGGAAAAAAAAAAAAAAAGAAUAAUUAGUAAAUCCUGAAAGGGUUUGUUCCAAAGGAAACUUUGCACAUGGUUUAAUGUGAGCCUCGUAAUUUAAAAUAAAACUUCUGCUGUAAAAUACUAUGUAUAUCUCCUUGUGUGUGAUGUCUCAUCUUUAGCGUGACGGAUUGCACACGUGCCGUAUGUAGCAUUCUGACGUCUGUAUAUUUAUUUAAAUCUAUUGAUUUUUUAGAUGGCAAUUUGCAAAAAAAAAUAAUCUAAUUUGUAAUAAAUAAUGGCAAAAGUCGA